CUUUGAAUUAAAAAACAAAAUUUAAUAAGAAAAUUAAAAGAAGUGAAAUAAUAAUGGAGAGAAAACAUCUAUGCCCGAGAUGUGGGAAGACAUUUGUUCGUGAACAGGAUUUCCAAAUACACAUGCGAUCUCAUACGGGUGAAAGGCCGUUUAAAUGCAAUUUGUGCGAAAAAAGCUUUACGACUAACAGCAAUUUAACAUUUCACAUGAAAGUGCAUUCGAAUGAAAAGCCAUUCAAGUGCAAUUACAAUGGCUGUGAAGAAAGCUUCAAACGGAAAAAUGAGUUGAAACAACACGCGUUCGUACUUCAUUCUAACCAAGUUUUCUCAAACAUUCCAUUAAACGAUCCGAAGUUAAUGAGUUGUAAAUGUAUCAUCUGCGAAAAAGUUUGUCAGUCUCCUGCUGCUUUAAAGGCUCACAUUAGAACGCACACUGGAGAACGGCCAUUCUCGUGUAAUUUUUGCAACGGCACUUUCACUACCAAAAGUAGUUUAAACAGACACGUGAAAAAGCUCCAUCCGAAAAAGAAAGCUCUAUCUUGCUCCGAAGAAUCAGAAAAAAGAGACAACGAAGAAGCACAAGCAGCCAGAGAAGGAGGAUCGAAGAAAAAGAAAUUAGAGAUGGACAGAAAACAUCCAUGCCCGACAUGUGGGAAGACAUUUUUUCAUCAAUGUCAUUUGCAAGUACACAUGCGAAUUCACACGAAAGAAAAGCCGUUUCAAUGCAAUUUGUGCGGAAAAAGCUUUACGCAGAAGAGUCAUUUAACAACUCACAUGAAAGUGCACUCCGUUGAAAAGCCGUUCAGGUGCAAUUACAAUGACUGUAAAAAAAGCUUUAAACGUAAAUCCCAGUUGGAACAACACACGUACAUACGGCAUUCUGAUCAUAUUUUAUCUAAUAUUUUACCGAACGACCCGAGGAUAAUAAGCCGUAAAUGUAACACCUGCUCAAAAGUUUGUGCAUGUCCUGCAGCUUUAAAGACUCACAUUAGAACUCACACCGGAGAGCGGCCAUUUUCGUGUAAUUUUUGCAACGGAACUUUCCCUACCAAAAGUAGUUUAAACAGACACGUGAAAAAGACUCAUCCGAAAAAAAAUACUCUAUCUUGCUCCGAAGAAAGUACACAAGACGUUCAACGAGAGCAGAAAGAAUCGCUUGAACAACCAUCAACAAGUUUUCAAAUACCCGAGUCAAUAGAAUUUGAAGAAAUUUCAUCAGAAGAUAAUUUUUUCACUUCAAAAGAAAGUGAAGAAUUUCUUGAAAACGUUGACGUCAAUUUAGAAAUUAUUCAAUUGGAAUCAUCGUCGCAACUGGACUUUUUUCCAGAAAUAGACGUUGAAGAAAAUUAUUUGGAAUGUCCGUUUUGUAGUGAACAAUUUUCAGACGAAGUUUCACUAAAAGAACACGAAAGAAACUUCCAUCCGUUUGACUAAUUAAUUCUGGACAAAUAAUUUUCAAAAUAUAUUUAAUUACUAAGAUGUCAGAUUAUUAAUAUUUUGACAUUUAAUAACAAAGGAAAAAUUAAAUAUUUAGUGAAGAUGCUUAGUUACAGUUCGCGAAAUAUGUGAAAUCGUCGUAGAAAUAUACAUCUAAUUUAAUUUAUAGCGAAAAUUAUUUGGAAGAAACCAAAUUUAUUAAGUUAUUUUUUAUAUUUAAUGCUUUAGAAAUGAAAAGAUCUGAACAUCGAAGUUGCACUUAAUUUCUAUUUUACAUUUGUA